CCAUGAGACAUGAGGCAUGAGAGUACCAGAGUGCUCAUACUCUACAAGCGAAAGGUCUUCCUGCCUGAAGGAGUAUCUUGAUAUCUCGAUUCAUCAUUCUCCCAGGCCCCCUAGUACUCCUAGACUUCUCUGAAAUCCCCUCUGCGGUCCUCAAUGUACUGCACUUUUCACUAUAAUAAUUUCUCAAGCACCCACCACCGCUGCCUUUUGGGGGACUUUCGUAAGCCCAUUUACGGUUAGGGUAUCCAUCGGCUGGGACAUUCCAUGGCAUUUUGCUGGCUUGUAUAUAGUUUUGUUUGUGGUUUCUCCUCGGCUGUUGGCUUAUUCACGUCUCGCUCGUUCUUUCUCUCUCUCUUUUUCGCUUUAUUAUUGAUUUGAUGCGUGAACAAAAUUCAAAUAGUGACAUUUUGGGCCAACGACAAAACAUUAACAGUAAUUUCGGAAAUAAUAAACUGGUUGCGGGCGCACCGUUUGUCAUAAAUCCAAAAUCUGAACAACCAAAAACCGAAAACCAAAAACUAUGACAACGUACGGGGGGUGAUCCGGGAAUAAUUCCAUGCCGUUUUGGGAAAUAUUGGCUCAGCAUUCGCCCCAGGCCAUCUUCACCAGCUUCAAAUUGGAAAGAAAUGAGCACUCAAGUGCGCCUGGGACUGGGCCUGGACCUGGGCCUGGGCCUGCUCCUGCCUCAAGUGCCUCUAGUGCCUCCAGUGCCCCAUUGAGCGAUAGCGGAGAGAGGACGGAACAGGUAGCAACAGCCACAGAUCUCACCCCUAGUCGGAGCCGGAAGCGGAGUCGCGUGUGGGCGACAUACCCGGCGGCGGAGACGAACAAACGGAGCGCCUUCCAAGGCGCCCGCACGGCCCUGAGCCCCAAGGAAGCUUCACCCCAGCCAACUCCACACUCUACAGAUACAGCAUCAUCAAAGAACAUCUCUGGAAGAAAUCCGGAGAGGGUUUCCGUUGUCCGUGCAGCAGGAACUUUCUACCCGGAGAAUGCCUGCACCGCUCACCAGCCCGAAGUGGCGGAUAGGAUUGAUCGCCAGAAGAGAGGCAGCAGCAGCAGCCCUCAGGCAACGGACUUGGAGGUGGACCAGCCCGAAGAUCUGAGCAUGCGCAUGCGCCCAAGCCAGCCCGAGGCCACUGCCGGUGGAGCAGCGCCAGCGCUGGGAGAUCAGCCGGCGGGGUCGGGAUCGGGUCUGAAUCUGAAUCUGCUGCAGUUCAAACAGCUGAUCGACCUGUACCAGAGGCAGGUGCUCCUGCCCAGCUUCCUGGCCGCGGCCAGCCAGCCGAUGCCGGCUCUGGACAUGCGCCUGCUGCUCGAAAGCGCCGCCCAACAGAAGCUGAUGCUCAUUAAUGCGGCCGCUGCCAGUGCGGCGGCGGCGGUGGCAGCCACGGCGGGGGCAGAGCAUCCUACGCUGGGGAUGAGCUCUCCGGCGACGACAACGGUGACAGUGACGCCUCGGCCGCCCACGAAGCGGGCGCGAGAUCACGACAUUCCCAGCGGAUACCUGAAGUUCCGGUUCAACGAGGACUGCGGCUUCGAUCGGUGCGGCUACAGGAACCACCAGUCGCACUUCCACUGCAACCGGCGCGACUGCCACUACAGCUUCUGCGACAAGACCCGCUUCGUGCAGCACACGGCGCGGCACGAUCGCAUGGACACGCUGAUGGGCGACGAUUUCCAGCAGUUCCGGGCCAACAUGCGGUGCGGCGUGGCCAGCUGUUGCUAUGCUUCCGGCUGUCCCGAAGAGACUCCCGCUUCCCGGCAGCGCAGAGAGUCCCCAGGAGCAGGAGGAGCAGCCCUAAAGAAGACUUCGCACUUCCACUGCCGCAAGUGCGACUACGUCUGCACGGACUCCAACAAGGUGGUGGCCCACCGACGUCUGCACCUGCGCCUGGACUACGUCCGCUCCGCGGGCUUCCGCAAGGUUACCAGCAACGAGUCCUGCAACUCCCCGGCCUGUUCCUACGCGCUGCGUCACACCCACUACCACUGCGUCACCUGCAACUGCAGCGUCCUCUCCCGGGCACAGCUCGCCUCCCACAAGCACAGGCCUGCGGGCAGCGGCAGCGGCAGCGCCCUGCCCAAGUCGGAGGGAGCUUCCGGCCCGGACCCAGAGACCCAUCCCUAGCCCCCCAGUCCCAUUUGUAUCAUAGCCCACCAAUGAGAGGCAGCCCCAUGGAGUGAAUUGAGACAAGCUUAAAUAAAGACAUAAUAUAUAUGUACCUGCGAGAGUA